CGUGUUGAGGAGUUUCGAAUUUCUCUCGUGCUCGCGGAAUUUCCGCGAUAUCCCGCGAAUCCUGAACGCGCUGAAGGACACACCGAAAGGACCGCACUAGGAUGGCAGCUAUCGUGGCACAGUUGUUAGAACAGAAGAAACUUGAGCGAGUUUGCAGACUCUGUCUAGCGGAUGCUACCGAGGUCGGUGACCUCCUGCCGAUCUUUCCGAUACGCGGCGGGAAAAUCAGCAACCCAUCAGCCAUCACUAAUCGGAUACAGCAGUGCACCUCCUUGAUAAUCGAUCCUUCAAUGAAAGGCCCUCGAUGGAUUUGCGAGUUAUGCCACGUACGACUGGAGGACUGGCACGCUUUUCGCGAGCAGUGCCUCGGUUCAGACGAGUAUCUGAGGUUCAACAUGCGCCAGUGGAUCGAUAAUGAUUCGGGCAAUAAAACGGCGGAGGAACAAGAACAGUCGAUGGUACUGGAUGAACACACUGAAUCGCAUUCAGCAUCGAGCACAGAGCAGCAGACUGGCGUGAACCCCAACCGUGGCUCCAGUAGCUUGGCUCACAGACGUAAGAGCGUGCUUGAGUGGACCGUACCGGAUGCCAGGGGUGGUCAGAAAGUUAUCGUAGAGUUGCUGGGCGAUGAAGGCGGACAGACAGCAGCAGCCAAUGCGCUUUCCAACGGUGGUCAUCCAGCGAUCGAGACACCACCCAUGGAAGACAGUUCGAUCGCGGACCAGACGUUGCCGGUACAGACUCUACCGUCGGAGGAAACGGUGCUGGGAUCUCCUGAUCUAGAUUGGUCCCAAGAGUUCCGGGCACGCGUCAACAGCCAAAUGCACAUCGUACCGGGUGCUCCGCGUCCGUACGAGUGCAAGAUCUGUCGCAGCAGGUUCAAGCGACGCAACAAUCUACGUCGACACAUCCGGGCCAACCACGCGGAUGAGAUCAUCGUGGGCGAAAGUCCAGCCGAAGAGUUUUACGCUUUGCGACCGGCGAUUCUCGCCCAUCAGCAACAACUGCUGCAGCAGCAACAGGAACAUCAACACCUGCAGUACUUGCAAAGCGGUGAUUCUACAGAACCGAAAGCUAUUGCAGCUGACGACAACGCAAGCAGUAUUAAUAGUAAAUCUCUGCAGCCUGUGUAUCAGUGUACGCUUUGUCCACGGAACUUCAAGAUGCCGGCCCACUUAGCCGUACAUCGGAAAGCACAUUUACAAAAAGACUUACGAGCAAAGGAGGCUGCUAUGGAUCACCAACGGCAGCAGCAGCAGCAGCAGCAGCAGCAGCAGCAACACGAAUCACAGAUGAUGAUCCCUCCUCUACGAACAUUCGGUAGAAAAAGCGACAUCGAACCCUGUGCUAUCAUCCAGUUAUCUGAUGAUGAUGAUGAUGAUGAUGUCAAUCCGCCCCAACCAUCUGCUGGUGCUUCUGUUUCUGAUGAGCUAGAUGGACGGAACGGUAUCUUCGAAACUGCCAAUGGCACUAUCAACGGCUACCAGGACGAUGAGCAAGCCGACGAUGGGUUUGAUGAAGAUGAAGGUAGCCUAAAGGAGGCCUCCCUGGAACCUUCCUCCCUUGCAAUCGCCGAGCUUGGGGCCGAUGAUGGUGAGACUGAAGUGAUCAUUCCGCCAGAUGUGGAUCCUUGGAAGAUGAAAAAACCAGACAAACAUCGUGCAACCCUUCCUACGUUCUCCUCUUCCUCGACGACACCACCACCGGUACCGCAACCGCCACCAGCAUCCACGAUCCAGAGGUCACGCCCGGGACCGCUUUCAUCGAAACGAAGACACACAACAGGUGGUGAUGAGACUGAACAACUCCAGAUGCCAUCUGGUACUUCAGGGGUCCACCAACAGGGAUCUGUUCCACCUAGCAGCAAGCGAUCAGCAACGGUCACCAUGCAUGCAGGCCCUGUCCCCUACAGAUGUCACUUCUGCCAGGAAACCUUCCCCCAGGAGGAACUACUAAGGCUGCACCUGAAAACGCACGGGAAUAACGCGCCGGCCCCGUUCCGCUGCGGUUGGUGCCGAAAGGGUUUCCGCUAUCGGCAAAAUUACAUGAUCCACGUGGAGAAGCAAACUUGCCGUAUGCAAUCCACUGGAGGACCUACUACUAGUCUACUUACGACGACGACGACAUCGUCCGUGGAGCUAUCGAACGGUGGUGGUACUGGUGGACAGACAUCAACGGCGGUACCAAGAUUAGUAGCCAAGAAACGCGCCUGGUAGUAUUAUGUACCUAGACUAGACCUUACUAUGCCCUCAGAUACUCAGAUAUACGCCGAAGGAUCCUACGCUAGUAUUAAAUGAACUGUGCGUUUCGAAAAACGUAGCGCUCUUUAGGUUAUGAAUUACUGAUAAGGAAUCGUUCUUCCUCGACCGUACGCUUCUGGAUCCCGCCAUGAUGGCGGGCACCAUCGUCGUCUGCCAUAUAUCUAUUACAUUAUAUUUCCUGCAAAGCAUUCCUGAAAGUGUUUUAGCUUUUAGUUCUUGAUUGGGAUAUCCUCCAUUUGUGAAUCCGGAUACAUGGUGUACC